CUGGGACAGCGUGGGGGUGGGGGGCCGAGUGGCUGAUGCCACCCGGCUGUUAGGAAAUUGCGGGUGGAGGGGAGGCAGGUGGUCAGGGCCAUGGCGGCAGUGCAGGCUGGCUAGGGAGCAUGGGGGUGCCCACCUAACCCCUGACAUGGCCUUCUGCUGCGCUGGGGUUCAGGCCCCGCCCUCAGGCCCUGACUUUGGGGAAAGCAUGUCCAGCCUGAGGCCUCCUCUCCUGGACCCCACACCCACUGUGAACACCAGCCCCUGAAGGCUGCUCCAAAGGCACCCCUGCCCCUGGCCCACUCCACCUUUCCUGGGCACAGCCAUGCAGGCGGGCAGGGGACGGGAUGGGACAUGACUGUGUGCCCUAAGAGUCAUGCUAUGCCAUGGUCCACCUCUGAUGGAAGGCAGCCUCAGGCAGAUAUGGCCCCCCAACCGCCCCCCCCGCUGCCCACACCCCAGGGUUCGGCCAGACGCUUGCUGCCCGGCACGAGGGGGUUAAGGGGCCGGGCGGUGGCUGGCUGGCUGUCAGGGCCUGGCUGCGUGGUGCACUGCGUCCAGAGAGCAAGAGCCGCCGACCCCAGCAGACGCGCUGCCCGCCGGCUGCUGAGCACGCGGCAAUGGCCCUGAACAAAGGUGAGCCUUCAGCUCCUCCGGCCCUGCACUCCAGCUGACCAGAGCCCACGGAGGAGGGGCAGGGGCAUCCCUGGGGGGCUCUGGGGAGCCCCUGGUGGGAAUGCUGCUGGGGAGGCUCAGAGCUGGAACCAGAGGCUCCUCUCACCCUCCUGCCCCAUCCUUCCCAGGGCUCCCGGGUGGUGCACACAGUUAACAUGCUUAGCAGCUAAUCCAAAGGUUGGAGCUUUGAGUUCAUCUAGAGGUGCCUCGGAAGAAAGGUCUGGCGACUUCUAAAAUUUUGGCCAGUGAAAACCCUGUGCAGCACAGUUCUACUCUGACACACAUGGGGUUGCCAUGAGUUGACGGGGACUUGAUGGCCACUGAUUUUUCCCUUCCCUUCCCUCCCACCCUGAGGGCCCAGGAGAGUGACUGGGGAGGUCAGGUAAGGCAGAUUCGGAUUCUCCACCUCUGGGCAGGAUGACCAUGCGCAGAAGUAGGGGAUGAGGUGCCUUCCUCACCCCACGCCCAGGCCCUUGGCCAAGUUGGCCAAGGAGGAGGACGAGGCCCACUGUCGCUGCCAGAAGGCCAAGCAGCAGCCUGACAGGCCAGCCUGUGUGAGUGGGCAGCGCCCCGUGCCAUGGGGGGCACACCCCAGUGCUGCCUCAAGCUCAGAGGCAGGGAGACAAGGCCUGACCCCAUGUUUGGCACAGGAGAUAGGGCCUUGUCUCCCCACCAGGGUCCCCAAGCUGCCUCCUCAGGCCAUCCCUGGAGGUGGCUGGGCUGGGACUGGGAAGGGCCCCAGUCAGCUCUGCCUUCGCAGCAGGAGGCCCAGCACUGGUGCUGCUGUUUGUGUGCUGGGCGGCAAUGGGCUGUGGCGGCCUGGAAGGCAUGGAUCCCAGAACACCGAGGGACGCUGAGAGCCUGCGGUGCCCUACCAUGUGUGUCUGCAACUACGACGAUUACACAGAUGAGCUCAAUGUCUUCUGCAGUGCCCGAAACCUCACACGGCUGCCCACUGGCAUCCCUGAGGGCACCAGGGCCCUGUGGCUGGACUGCAACAACCUAACCAGCAUCCCCGCGGCUGCCUUCCAGAACCUCUCAGGCCUGGACUUCCUCAACCUGCAGGGCAGCCAGCUGGGCAGCCUGGAGCCACACGCGCUCCUGGGCCUGGGCGCGCUCUACCACCUUCAUCUAGAGCAGAACCAGCUGCGCAGCCUGGCGGCUGGCACCUUUUCACACACGCCAGGCCUGGCCUCCCUCAGCCUGCACCACAACCUGCUCAGCAGGCUGGACGAGGGCAUCUUCGCCAGCCUGCCGCACCUCUGGGCCCUCAACCUUGGCUGGAAUGGCCUGGCUGUGCUGCCUGACACUGCCUUCCAGGGCCUGGCUGGUCUGCGUGAGCUGGUACUGGCUGGCAACCGCCUGAUCUACCUGCAGCCGCCGCUCUUCUGCGGCCUGGAUGAGCUGCAGGAGCUGGACGUGAGCCGCAAUGCACUGCGCAGCGUCAAGGCCGGCGUCUUUGUCAAGCUGCCCAAGCUGCAGAAGCUCUACCUGCACCACAACCUCAUCACCAGCGUGGCACCCGGUGCCUUCCUGGGCUUGCGUGCCCUGCGCUGGCUGGACCUGUCGCACAACCGUGUGGGCGGCCUCUUUGCAGAGACCUUCCCUGGCCUGCUGGGUCUACGUGUGCUGCGCCUCUCUCACAAUGCGCUGACCGGUCUGCGGCCACGCACCUUCAAAGACCUACACUUUCUGGAGGAGCUGCAGCUUGGCCACAACCGCAUCCGGCAACUGGCUGAGCACACCUUCCAGGGCCUGGGCCAGCUGGAGGUGCUCACGCUGGACCACAACCAGCUCCAGGAGCUGCGGCCAGGUGCCUUCCUGGGGCUCGCCAACGUGGCCGUCAUGAACCUCUCGGGCAACUGCCUGCGGAACCUGCCGGAGCAGGUGUUCCGGGGCUUGGGCCAGCUGCACAGCCUGCACCUGGAGGGCAGCUGCCUGGGCCGUGUGCGCCCGCACACCUUCUUGGGCCUGGGGGGCCUGCGCCGGCUCUUCCUUCGAGACAGCAGCAUCAUGGAUCUUGACGAGCAGAGCCUGCAGGGGCUGCCUGAGCUGCUCGAGCUGGACCUCACCGCCAACUGCCUGGCGCACCUGCCGCGCCAACUCUUCCAGGGCCUUGGCAAGCUCGAGUACCUGUUGCUGGCCCACAACCAGCUGGUGGAGCUCACCCUGGACACGCUCCGGCCCCUGCAGCGCACCUUCUGGCUGGACUUGGCACACAACCGCCUGGAGGGCUUGGCCGAGGGUGUCCUGGCGCCCCUGGAGCAGCUGCGCUACCUCAGUCUGGGCAACAACUCCCUGCACACCUUCCUGCCGCAGCCCCCUGGCCUGGAGCACCUGUGGCUCGAGGGCAACCCCUGGGACUGUGGCUGUGCGCUGCAGGCACUGUGGGCCUUCGCCCUGAAGAACCCCCGCGCCGUACCACGCGCUGUGCAGGUGGUCCCCGAGGGUGAUGACCGCCAGCCGCCCGUGUACACCUACAACAACAUCACCUGUGCAGGUCCACCUGCUGUGGCUGGCCUUGACCUGCGGGACCUCCGCGAGGCCCACUUUGCUCACUGCUGACCUCGGCGCAGCCCCGAGGUGGGGCUGGCGGAUCCCACAAUGCCAGCGGAGGCAGCCGCAGUCCUCUGGGGCCAUGUAAGCACCGACUGGCAGUCCCCAAGGCCUGACCAGGAGCUGGGGCGGAGCAGCUACAUGCCCUGUGCCCACCUGGGCUGCCAUGAAUUAAAGCAAUCUGACAAA